GCUCUUUGUACAUUGAAGCUUCUGGAGUGCUCACAUUGAGGCUUGAGUUCGAACGCACAAGGCUUGCAAGAUAGAGCUCUCAACAUGGGUAUCCCACUAGACAAAGCGGAACUGCUCGCCAUCUUUCUGGAGACGUUUUUCUUCGGAAUAUUCGCCGUCCUCUACUUCGCGACCGUUCUUGUCCUCUUACAGCGUGGACCAUCAGGACGAAGACAACAGCUCAUUCUUAUCCCGGUGUCGACGUUCAUGAUAUUCAUUGCGACAGCUCACCUAGUAAUCGACUUUGUUCGCCUCAUGGGCGCCUUUGCCGACUAUGCCGAGAAGGAAGCUGGUGGUGCGCUGCAAUACUACGCAGAUAUCUCACAUCCGUUGCAUGUCGUCAAGACGGCGGUGUAUGUCGUGCAGACGACUUUGGGCGACAGUGUCGUGGGUUGGAGAUGUUACGUCGUGUACCAGAAGAACAUAUGGAUUGCUGUUCCAAUCAUAUUGCUCAUUUUGGCGAACUUAGGUACUGGUAUCUAUGUUGUGCACUCCUUCAGCAUCGCAGGGGACGGUUCAAAUGUAUUCGACACUGCCCGAGGCGGGAUCACAACAUUCUUCACGCUGACUAUGGCUACAAACGUUCUCUGCACACUCGCUAUAGUCUACAGAAUCUUCUUCCGCAGGCGAAUGCCCUCUGGCACCCAAAUCUUCUCUCAAUCACUCGUCCCUGUUCUCGUUGGGAUCGUCGAGUCUGGCGCCUUGUACGCAUCGGGUGUGCUGGUGCUCCUGAUCACGUAUUUGGCAAACAGCAACGCCCAGUAUCCGGCCUUGGAUAUUUGUACGCCUUUGGUGGGGAUCGUUUUCUGUCUUAUCAUCCUUCAAAUACGGUUCCACCUCGGCUGGUCCUCAAUCCACCACAACGACCCAACCAAUCAAAACACCAAUUCCCUCUCCUUCUCGCACCAUCUUUCCGCAAAUCCCGGUGCUGUCUCUUCACGUCGCGGAGGAAGAGGAGGAGGAGGACGGGGAGGACGAAGCGGUCUGGGCACGGAGACGUUGGACGGGGGAGCGACGAGUAUUCCAAUGCACAUCAGGAUCACGCAGGAGAGGGAUGUCGAGGUCGCGUAUCCGGAUGUGCAAGGAGCGGCCAGAGUAAGGAGACUCGGAGGAGGUGGGGACGGGGUGACCGGAGCGGGCGAGGGGAAUGCAGUGGAGGAGCAGUAUGAAGUUGGCAGCGAAGAUGAUUUGGAGAAGAAGCCGUACCACGCCAUGAGUUCAUCCUCUACAGAUAUUGACUUCUACGGCUACACCCCCACGCGCUCCAUAUGCAUCAUAUUCGUGGGUCUUUUCGCCGUCGCUAUGAUCGCACAUAUGGCCAUCUCCCUGUUGCAUAAGCCGCGUCUCUGGUGGCUCUGGCCUUCAAUAAUCGUGCCCGCUGAGAUCGAAAUGAUAGGAUGGAUAGGAAGACUGAUCAGUAAUGGUAGUCCAACGUCUAAGAUGGCGUGGCUUAUGCAGGAAUUUUCCCUCUACAUCGGACCUACACAUAUGCUCAUGUACCUCUCUGCUAUAUUGUGCCUGGUGGUCCCUGAGUUGGGGGAGCGGUACAGUCGAUUCUCCCUCCUCGUUCUGAAGAGGAUCUUCCUUGGACUCACCGUGGUUGUUGUCCUUCUUCAACUCGUUGGAGUGGGAAUCGUAACGGCUAGCAAAGAUCUCUCAAACAUAACUGGUCUGGGACCAACACUCAUGCUCGCCGGAAUUAUCGCUUUCCUUGUUUGCCUCUGUAUCUUCGCAGUCAUCGCUCUCGAAGUGUUUGUCCGCUACCUCAAGGACUGGCCGAUUGCUUCGCGCCAGGACUUCAGCGGCCUCAGCGGCAGCCGGAGGUCAAAGAUGUCGAUGAGAAUGAAGAUCAUGUUGGCAGCAUUGGGACUCGGGACUGAGUUUUUGAUGAUACGGUAUGUCUUCUCGACCUUGUUUGGACCAAUUCCAGGUAUCAGAGCUGAUGAAUACGGGUUGUCUAGGACUGGUUUCCGCACAAUCGAACUCGCACAAGGCUUCGAUGGAAAGAUCAUGCGUACAGAGUGGACAUUCAGCGUCUACGAUGGAUCCAUGAUGGCCAUGACGAUCUACCUUUUCCUCUUCACACACCCCGUUUGGAUGCUCCCAGCGACGCCGGCAACGCCCGACACCUGUCUACCCACAGAGCAACUCAACCUCCCAAUCUAUAGGUCUGGCUCUGGUUCAGCACGAGGGAGCGACGAGAGGCAGUACCGAGGGGAGGCCAGCUCGUUUGAUAGGUCGGCUUCGAGCGUGAAGGUUUGA